GGUCGCGCGCCCACCAUGCCGCAGGGCCCCGGCUCGCUGCUGCUGCUCGUGCUCGCCUCGCACUGCUGCCUGGGCUCGGCGCGCGGGCUCUUCCUCUUCGGCCAGCCCGACUUCUCCUACAAGCGCAGCAACUGCAAGCCCAUCCCGGCCACCCUGCAGCUGUGCCAUGGCAUCGAGUACCAGAACAUGCGGCUGCCCAACCUGCUGGGCCACGAGACCAUGAAAGAGGUGCUGGAGCAGGCGGGCGCCUGGAUCCCGCUGGUCAUGAAGCAGUGCCACCCGGACACCAAGAAGUUCCUGUGCUCGCUCUUCGCCCCCGUCUGCCUCGACGACCUGGACGAGACCAUCCAGCCGUGCCACUCGCUCUGCGUGCAGGUGAAGGACCGCUGCGCCCCGGUCAUGUCCGCCUUCGGCUUCCCCUGGCCCGACAUGCUCGAGUGCGAUCGCUUUCCCCAGGACAACGACCUCUGCAUCCCGCUGGCUAGCAGCGACCACCUCCUGCCGGCCACCGAGGAAGCUCCAAAGGUAUGUGAAGCCUGCAAAAGUAAAAAUGAAGAUGACAACGACAUAAUGGAAACACUUUGCAAAAAUGACUUUGCCUUGAAAAUCAAAGUGAAGGAGAUAACCUACAUCAACAGAGACACGAAAAUCAUCCUGGAGACCAAGAGCAAGACCAUUUACAAGCUGAACGGCGUGUCGGAAAGGGACCUGAAGAAGUCGGUGCUGUGGCUCAAGGACAGCUUGCAGUGCACCUGCGAGGAGAUGAAUGACAUCAAUGCACCCUAUCUGGUCAUGGGACAGAAGCAGGGCGGGGAGCUGGUCAUCACCUCGGUGAAGCGCUGGCAGAAGGGGCAGCGGGAGUUCAAGCGCAUCUCGCGCAGCAUCCGCAAGCUGCAGUGCUAGCUGCCGCAGCGCCUCUGGCCGCAGGGCUCCCGACAGGCCAGCUCCCGAGCUCGGCUGACCACUUCCGCUCGCUCGGGGACCUCAGCUCCAGGCCCGGCGGCCCCCGCCUGGAGCCAGUCUCCCUGCCUCUUGCACAUGCACAUCCCCAGCAUUUCCUGAGUUAUAAGGCCUCAGGAACGGAUAGCUGUUUUUUCACAUAAAGGAAAAUUCCACCCAAAUCUUGUAGAAAUAUUCAAACUAAUAAAACCGUGAAUAUUUUUAUGAAGUUUUACAAUGGUUCGUUUAAAGCUAGUGCUGAGUAGGUAGCACUGUGACUUGGGUCUGAUUUAUUUUUUUCCUGUUUGGAUUGAGUCAGCAGAUUUUCACUGUCCAGGAAGGGUGUCAUAAUAUGCACGCUGAAUCAUUUUUCUCUGUGGUCCGAACUUGUGGGUCACGAGCAACCCGGGUUGAGAUAAAGCUGGCUGUUAUCUCAACAUCUGCUUGCUUCGGGCCUGAAACGCAAGUGUUUAAGUCUUAACAGCAAACCACGGGUCAUUUUCCACCCUCACUGGGAACUUCAACGUUGCAUGCCUCACGUUCUAGCCGCAGCACUACCACUUAAGGAAAGCACACUAACCAUUUCUCACCGUAUGAUGCCUUCAAUAAAAGGCAAAGCAAGUAAGUGUUAUCAUUGAGCUGAGUCCUUUAAGCCUUGUUUAAAACAUUUUUUUUACUUAAGUUUUGCAAAUUAAACUUUUGUAGCUUACCUGUAAUAUACAUAGUAGUUUACCUUUAAAAAGUUGUAAAAAUAUUGCUUUAACCAACACUGUAAAUAUUUCAGAUAAACAUUAUAUUCUUGUAUAUAUAAACUUUACUUCCUGUUUUACCUAC